CACAAAUACAAACAGCUUACACAGCUCAGCAGCCUCCCUCUCCAGUUUCUGCUUUGUUGUCAGAUACAAAGUCAAGCCGCUCAAUACACAUAUUUCAUUCAUAUUUCUUUCUGUCUUGUGUCCCUCCCUCCCUCACUCCCUCCCUCCACCACCCACCAUUCUUUCAUUCUUUCAUUAACUCCUUCUACAACUUCUCUUUCUCUUUCUCCACCCCACAAUUUCAAAAUUAAAAAUCUAACCUUUUUUUAUAUUCACUGCUGACUCCCAAAUCCAGAUCCGUCUUGACAUACCCACCUUCAUUUCUCAUCAAAUUUUCAAUCUUUUUCAGAAUCCCAAACCGCCCACGAUGAAUUCCGAUGGCACCAUCACCACCGGCGGCGGCGGCGGAGACGUUCAGAUCCACCAAACUCGGAUUCUACCGGAUUUUCUCCAGAGCGUGAAUCUCAAGUACGUGAAACUUGGAUACCACUACCUAAUCACUCACCUCUUAACCCUCUGCUUGAUUCCUCUCAUGUCAAUCAUUAUAAUCCAAGCAUCUCAGAUGAACCCUAACGACCUUCACCACUUAUGGCUCCACCUUCAGUACAAUCUCGUCAGCGUCAUAAUCUGCUCCGCGAUCCUCGUUUUUGGAUCCACCGUUUACAUCAUGACAAGGCCAAGAUCCAUUUACCUCGUUGAUUAUUCGUGUUACAAGCCACCUUCUAAUCUCAGCGUCAAGUUCACUCAGUUCAUGGAACAUUCUAAGCUCACCGGUGAUUUCUCUGACGAUUCUCUUGAUUUCCAGAGGAAGAUUCUAGAACGUUCUGGUCUUGGUGAGGAGACUUAUGUACCCGAAGCCAUGCAUCAUAUCCCUCCAACUCCUUCCAUGGCUGCUGCAAGAGAAGAAGCUGAGAAUGUUAUGUUUGGUGCUUUGGAUAAUCUCUUUGCUAAUACAAAGAUUAAGCCUAAGGAUAUUGGUGUUCUUGUUGUGAAUUGCAGUUUGUUUAACCCAACUCCUUCACUUUCUGCAAUGAUUGUGAACAAGUACAAGCUUAGGGGUAACAUUAGAAGCUUCAAUUUGGGUGGUAUGGGUUGUAGUGCAGGAGUUAUAGCCAUUGAUCUUGCUAAGGACAUGCUUCAAGUUCAUAGGAACACUUAUGCUGUUGUUGUUAGCACUGAGAACAUUACUCAGAAUUGGUACUUUGGGAACAAGAAAUCUAUGCUGAUCCCAAAUUGUUUGUUCCGUGUUGGUGGUUCUGCUGUUUUGUUGUCCAACAAAGGCUCUGAUAAGAGAAGAGCAAAGUACAAGCUUGUUCAUGUUGUGAGGACUCAUAAGGGAGCUGAUGAUAAAGCUUUCAGGUGUGUGUAUCAAGAACAAGAUGAUGAUGGCAAAACUGGUGUUUCUCUCUCAAAGGAUCUUAUGGCUAUUGCUGGUGGGGCUUUGAAGACUAACAUCACAACUUUGGGGCCUCUUGUUCUUCCAAUAAGUGAACAGCUUCUGUUCUUUGCUACUUUGGUUGUUAAGAAGCUUCUGAAUGCAAAAGUGAAGCCUUAUAUACCUGAUUUCAAGCUUGCAUUUGAUCAUUUCUGCAUUCAUGCUGGUGGGAGAGCUGUGAUUGAUGAGCUUGAGAAGAAUCUUCAGCUUCUGCCUAUGCAUGUUGAGGCUUCUAGAAUGACACUUCACAGAUUUGGGAACACUUCUUCAAGCUCUAUUUGGUAUGAGCUGGCAUACACUGAAGCCAAGGGAAGAAUGAGGAAGGGGAAUAGGGUGUGGCAGAUUGCAUUUGGAAGUGGAUUUAAGUGUAACAGUGCAGUGUGGCAGGCACUUAGGCAUGUCAAGCCUUCACCUAAGUCUCCUUGGGAAGAUUGCAUUCAUAGGUAUCCAGUGCAGGUUGUUACAUAGCUUUAAUUUCUGCUACCCUCUCUGGUACACAUAGCAUAAGCCAAUAAUCAAUCCUAUUCAAGGAUAAUAGACAAUGUCUCAGUUGUUCAAUCAUCACUUUAGAAGCCUAUUUUUGUUGUUAUUUUUAAUUAUUCUCUUGCUUCUGUUUUAGUUACUUAAUCCUUAAAUUAAUAUUUAUGGUUCUCAUGUUAAA